UAGCAUCAGACGUCUGCUACCGGAUGACCUAUUUCAAGUCACCAAAAUGAUUUUAUAAACCAGUUAAAAUGCAACAUUUCUCAACAAUGUAAUCGACACCAGCAUAGGUAACCAAUUCAUGGCUGCCCUCAGGCCCAUGGCUGGCCAAAUUUGUGCUUCAUGUCAAGCGCCAAUAUCUCAGGGAUUGCAGAGCCAGCGAGCGACUUGUCCGUCUUGUGCCCGGAAUUUUACUGGAGUGUCUCGGCGGUCGUCCGGGGCUGCCGCUCCGUUGGCCCCCAGUGACUUUACGGAGGAGCAGUCAGGUGGAGAUAUGAACGAGGAAGAUGUCAACCGGUUGCCUUCUUUGCAGACACCAUCUGCCGGGGGAAAUGACAAAACGAGCAAAGGGGGCCGUUUCUCCGGAAUAACAACAUUUUUCAGUUCACUCGGAGGCGGUAAGAACAAAGGAGGGAAGGGCAAUGAACAAGAAAUGAACACCAAAGGUAGACCGUCCUCCGAGCAGGGCCUGCCUCCAAUCAACGCUGGCCAAGGCAUGGUGUCUCAGAGUGCUCCUAGUCAAAGUGGCAAUGGGAACCAGAGGAGAAAGGAGAAGCUACCGACCGGGUAUACACCCAUGCAGUUAAAGCAUUUUAAAGAGUGCAUGAGUAAAGCCAAAGCUUCAGAGAACUAUAAACAGGUUCAAAGUUUCUACGAGAUAGUUUUCAGUUCCUUCGCUCACAUCAAUGCAACGUUCAUGGAGGCAGGUAAAGACCCACGCAGUACUGAGGAAUCGGGGUUAUCUCAGGGGUAUAUCCAAGAAGCACUUAAUUCUCUACUAGAAGUACCAGAAGAUAUUCAGAAGACUACACUUAAAGCGAUCAUCAAUAGUUUACUCAAAGACAUGAAGAGACCUAGAGACAAGAAUGAUUUGAGGGCAUACUUGGUAUUGAUACAGAAUCCCCAGUUUAAUCAGACCUCCACCUACGUCAUCUUUGCUCAUCUUCUACGUCAGAUGUCAGGACUCUGUGAUCAAGAUCAUCAUUAUCUUGUCCACUGGUUUAAAAGACUUCCCAAGGAUUCCUUCAAAGACAUUGUAAAUCGACUUCUGCAGUUUGUAUCCAUCCGUUUGUUCCCUCCGGAGCCAGCUGACCUCCCACCCAUCGGCAAAUGUUCCUGGUGGAUUCCAUCUGUAGCCAAAGUCUUGGCUCUUCUUAAUGCAGCUAACUCAUUGGUAACUCCAAACAAGAUUGUAUAUACAAGCUUCUAUAACAACACCUUGGAUCAUGUGGAUCUAAUGAAGGAAUAUUAUGCAUGGCAGAACCCGAACAACUAUCAAACGUUCACAUUCUGCCAGUACCCAUUCAUUCUCAGUCUACAAGCCAAACGUACAAUCAUGCAGAAAGAUUCUGAACAGCAGAUGAUAAUGACCGCUAGGAGGAGUCUGGUAGCCAAGGUUCAACAGAGGCAGAUGCCAAACAUGAAUAUGUUAUUCCUCAACCUUAAAGUACGCCGAUCUCAUCUGGUCUCGGACUCAUUACAUGAGGUUGCAAGAAAGAAAGCUGAUCUGAAGAAGAAGUUGCGAGUACAGUUUCACAAUGAGCCUGGUUUGGAUAUGGGAGGCCUGACCAAAGAAUGGUUUCUUCUGCUGCUCAGAAAAAUAUUCAAGGAAGAAUACGGUAUGUUCACAUACAAUGAAAAGUCAAGGUGCUUCUGGUUUAACCCUGCAUGCGUGGACUGCAAUCAAGAAUUCAACCUGGUUGGAGUUCUUAUGGGCCUAGCUGUUUACAACAGCAUCAUCUUAGAUAUUCAUUUCCCAGCAAGUACAUACAAGAAGCUUCUUAGCCCAGCCGUGGUGCCUUAUAACAACCCAGGAGCAGAGGUUGGACGUGCCCCAGUCUCGCACGAUGAUCUUGCCCAGGUCAAUCCUGAGUUAGCCCAUGGUUUAGAUGAACUCCUUGCCUAUGAUGGCAAUGUAGAGGACGAUCUGUGUACAAGUUUCCAGGUGUCGCUACCGGUGUAUGGUACGGUCCACACAGUUGACUUGAAGGCUGAUGGGGCCAAUAUACCAGUCACUAAUGACAAUAGACAAGAGUACGUUGAUCUUUACAAGAACUACCUUCUGAAUGAGUCCAUCUACCAGCAGUUUGCAGCCUUCUACCACGGCUUCCACAGCGUCUGUGCCUCUAACGCUCUCAUUAUGCUGAGACCUGAGGAGGUUGAGAUGCUGGUGUGUGGGAGUCCCAAUCUAGACCUUGAUGCAUUGGAGAAGGUGACUACGUAUGAUGGAUUUACAAAAAAUGACCAGACUAUCAGAUACUUUUGGGAGGUUGUGAAGGCAUUCCCAAUCCCUCUUCAGAAGAAGGUCUUAUUAUUUGCAACUGGAAGUGAUCGCAUCCCAAUCGGAGGAAUGGGAGAGAUGACAUUCAAGAUUGUUAAAGUCAACGCCUCAACUAGCAUGUUGCCGAUGUCUCAUACAUGCUUCAAUCAGCUCAUUCUACCACCUUACAAGAGUAGACGACAGUUAAAACAUAAAGUCACCAUCGCUAUCUCCAACGCUGAAGGUUUUGGGUUAGAAUGAAACCCCUGUCGCCAUCGCGAAGUUGCUUCAAAGACAACUUUCCUUCUCUAGUUUCCAGUAAGUCUAAAUAAUCCACUUUCCUCUAAAGGUUUUAUACUUGUACAUCAUUGAGCUUCACCAUGUUGUGACCUUUAGGGUCAGUGGGUGGUUGACCUCAGUUGGUGGUUGACCUCAGUGAGGUCAGUAAGUUGACCUCAGUGAGGUCGGUCAGUUGACCUCAGUGAGGUCGGUCAGUUGACCUUGAUGAGGUCGAUGGGUCAGCAGGAUCAAGUUAUUAGAAUGAGUGGUAGAAAGUACAGUGUCAUUGCCAAAACAAAGUGUGGUGUGAAUAAGGUAAGAAGACUAAAUGGUGUGCUAUGUAAGGUUGCCCAACAGUGAGGAAGGGCCAUUCAUACAAAAACUGACAAUGAAGUGAAAAGUACAAAUAAAGCUUGGAAUGUGAGUCUGGAAAUUAAUACGUAAGAAGGCUGUCUUAAACAUGUAAAAAGUGUACACAAGAAACAGAACUGGCCCCAAAUUCAUACAGAUGCUUAAACAGAAAGUUGGGAAGUAGUGCAUGCAUUCUGCUCUGCCAGCCAGGCUCCUAGUGGAUGACCAUGCCUACAUCCUUACGAACUGUGAAGGGGUAAACCC